AUGCCAAAAGAAUCGACUAAAUCAAACGCAAUCAGUUACACCAUUGAUAAUCCUAUUCAAAUAAAAUUCUUCCAAAACUAUCACUUUCGUAAGUGUGUAGAAAAACAUUUGGAACAACUACUCUCAGUGUCGAUUACAAUCUUUUCCGAACGAUCGGCGAAACUUUCAAGCAGUUACAGAAUCUAUGUUCCGAAAGCACAGGAGAAUAAAGCAGAAAUCCAACAGAAAUUAUCCAACGCUGUGCAAAAUCUUUUCCAGACAAUUCCAUCACAAACAUUCACGAAUGAAAAAGUUAAGAGAUGGCUAGAAGAUCCUUCGAACAAAGAAAAACACCUUCAAUGCAUUGAGGGCAUUGUGGACGAAAAGCUCGAAGAUGUCUUCACUGUUUGUAUCGAAGAGCCGAAAUAUUCAUUGAAAAUUUAUUAUUUAUCCAAGCAAUUGGUACAUACUCCUAGCAACAAAUCAAUGGUGAAAUUAAUUGAAAACAAAAUCUUAUUGGAAAUCUUAUUUCUACCGUUUUAUUCUGAAAAUUCCAGAUCAAUCGCAGAAGAAUCUCAGAGACUGGUNCAGUUCACAACAGCUUGUAAAUUUCGUCGUCAUUGUCGAUUGGGGAAACUGGAGACCAAAGGUGAAAAAGAAGCUUCCUACCUGACCUUAUCUCGAAAUAUUCAUGAUCAUCCUUGA